UCUCUGACUCUACCUGAGAAGGCGAGACAGCUUCUUCACCAGGAUCACUGCUGCCAACACAAACAAAGACAUGGUGUCCGUCAAAGUUGUGGUGAUGGUGAUCGCACUUGUCACUAUUUGUCUGACUGCAAACACAUCGGCAGCUUAUCAUCUCUGCUGUCGAAGGUAUAUGACAGGCAGAUUACCAGGUUCAGCUAUCAUGGGGUACUCAGUCCAGACUGAUACAGAGUUGUGUCCCAUCAGUGCCAUCAUUUUCCACACAAAGAAGGGGAAAGCAUGUGCCAAUCCAGCUUUGAAGUGGGUGAUGGAUGCUGUUGAUCGUAUAAGGAAUAAAGCCCAGAAGGUCCAUCAGCACAGCUCACAGCAGCAGAAAUAGAUGAUCAUCUGAGCUUUUUAAGGAGACCGUGGAUGGCAGCUACAGCAAACACUUUUCUUUGCAGCCAGCGACUCUUCACUGUUUUAUAGUUGGUUAGCUCAGUUUUGAGGAGCCUGCUGUAAAUGUCACAUAUGUUGUUAAACAAUGCAGACAUCAGCUUAGUUUUAAGAGCUUUGUAUGAUAUUUAAAAUUUGUAUUCUUUGUUAAUUUAAGAUUUUGUUUUUGCGCAUGUAUAAAGUUGUGGAAUAAA